GGUUCAUAGUUCGUGAACAGCCUUUAGUUAAUUUGCAACUUGGAUGAUUACUGCAGUUGCAGAAACAGCUGUUUCACUGCAGUUGUGCUUCAAGAAUCUGUAUUGGUUUCCAAACUGAGAAGAUGGAAACACAUUUGAUUUUGGUUGGUCUGCUGUCUCUCUGCAGCCUCUCCUUAAGUCAAGUUUGUAACACACAGCUUCUGGAGAAUGUGGAUUUCCCAGGAAUGGACAUCAAAUUUGAAUACUCUCCAGAUGCUGACCACUGUCAGCAGCUUUGCACCCAGCACCCUUCCUGUCUCUUCUUUACCUUCAUACGCCCUGACUGGACAAAAGAUUUGAGCCAUUUCUACUACUGCUACCUAAAGACCACUACUUCUGGAAAUGUUCCAGUUCAGAAACCAUUAAAGGGCGUCACCUCUGGGUUUUCUCUCAAAGCCUGCACCCCAGAAUUACAGCCUUGUCUGCCUAAUGUGUACCCCGGUGUGGACUUCUUCGGGGCCGACUACACUGCUUUGUUCACAGCGGACCAUGAGGAGUGCCAGAGAGCCUGCACUCAAGACCCUGGCUGUCAGUUCUUUACUUUUUUACAUGAAGACUUUGGAACAGAGAAUAUCAGGUUCAAGUGCUACCUUAAAUAUAGCCCGUCAAUACCAGCUCCUCUGACUGUGAGAAGAGAGACUGGUGUAGUAUCUGGAUUCUCCCAAAACGUGCGUCUGCCUCAACAGUCUACCACAGCAUGUGAGGGCAAGCUUUUUCCAUCCAUAAGCGUCCCGCAAAGCAACCUGAAGACUCUUCCUGGUGUCUGUCCUGAUCACUGUCGGGCGUUGUGCUCUGCUCAUCCAGCCUGCACCUUCUUCUCUUUCGACAGUAAUGAAUUUAAAUGUCACCUGAAGAACAACAGAGACAAAAUGGAGACAAUAGCUAAAGAAGGAUCCACAACUGGUUUUCCUGAACGCUUCUGUCAGCUGGAUGAGAAUUGGCUUAAGGUUGCUCACGAUGGAGUGGAUCUCCGUGGUUCUGAUAUCUGUUUUGAGCUGAUGGACGAUGCAGACUCCUGUCAGAGGAAUUGCACUGAGGAUCCUCUCUGCCAGUUCUACACCUACGUCACUGAAGCCUUCCAUAACCGAGAUUUCCGGCGUCGCUGCUAUUUCAAGCGUACCAUCACCAUGCCUGCUCCGCCUAAAAUCACCAAACUUGAGAAGGUUACAUCCGGCUUCCAGCUGAGGUCCUGUGUGGAGACUGCUUCACACACACGUCGUGUAGAUGUAAGCAGCACCGUUUGAUUUCUGUUUAAACUGCAGAGGAUUAUUUUUGUGUGUAAACAAGAGUAAUAAAACAGAAAGAAAACCA